AGUCCUACAGUGCGUCCCGUCUCCGGCACCUCCCCGCCGGACACUCGCCGCCACCGAGUCGCGAGUCGCGAGGGGUUCAUCGCCGCAGCCGUGGCCUCGAGGGGCCUGAGCAGCAUCUGGUCAGGGGCGCGGAGAGCGGGAGGGAGAGGCCGUGAGGCCGUGCAGUGAACGAUCUCCUGAAUCGCGCGGUGCAUCGUCGGGUGCGGCGCCGUCCCCGUCCCGCGGGCUUCACCUUCCCCUCCGAGUUCCCUUCUCUGUCCCUGUGUAUCUGACCAGGGUCGGGUUCGGGGGUUCGGGCCGCCCUGUCCUGUCCGCCGAGUUGCUGGCUUUGCCCGCCGCCCCGCCGCGCCUACCACCCAUCCUACCCGUGCCGCCCGCCUGCUGCUGCUGGCCGCCCGGCCCCGCCGCGCGCCGCGCCAGCCGUGUAGUGUGUGUGCGAGAGUGUGAGUGAGAGAAGUGAAUUCGGGUCAAGAAUUGAAUCGGCGGUUGCCGUCGCAUGUGCAGUGUGUUGCCAGUGACAACCGUCCAGGAUGAAGUCCGAAACUAGCCCGAAGCUGUCCUGCACAGACCGGGUGAUGAAAAACACCCCGUUCCCACCAAGUCACAAGCUCUCCGUGACGGAAUGCUUCGACCAGCGCACCGGCAAGCCCAGGCCCGACGUGCUCAAGCAGCACUUCUUCGCGGAGGGGCGCAUCGACGAGGCGGCGGCGCUCAAGAUCGUGCACGAGGGCGCCACGCUGCUCAAGUCAGAGAAGACCAUGAUCGAGAUCGAGGCCCCCGUCACAGUGUGCGGUGACAUCCACGGCCAGUUCUACGACCUGAUGAAGCUUUUCGAGGUCGGCGGACCGCCGGCCACCACCAAGUACCUGUUCCUCGGAGACUACGUGGACAGAGGAUACUUCAGCAUCGAGUGUGUCUUAUAUUUAUGGGCACUCAAACUUUGUCACCCGACUACCCUAUUUCUAUUACGAGGAAAUCACGAGUGUAGGCAUUUGACAGAGUACUUUACUUUUAAACAAGAAUGUAAAAUAAAAUAUUCCGAGAGAGUGUAUGACGCGUGCAUGGACGCGUUCGACUGCCUGCCGCUAGCGGCGCUCAUGAACCAACAGUUCCUCUGUGUUCACGGCGGCCUCUCGCCCGAGAUCCACGUCCUCGAUGACAUCAGAAGGCUGGACCGGUUCAAGGAGCCACCUGCCUUUGGACCAAUGUGUGAUUUGCUGUGGUCCGACCCCCUGGAAGACUUCGGCAAUGAGAAGAACGUUGAGCACUUUACACACAAUAGCGUUCGGGGCUGCUCUUACUUUUAUAGUUAUGCGGCUUGCUGUGAUUUUCUGGCCAAUAACAACUUGCUCUCAAUAAUCAGAGCACACGAAGCACAAGAUGCGGGAUAUCGAAUGUACCGCAAAAGUCAAGUAACUGGGUUUCCUUCCCUCAUCACCAUAUUUUCUGCACCAAAUUAUUUGGAUGUGUACAACAAUAAGGCUGCUGUAUUGAAGUAUGAAAAUAACGUAAUGAACAUCAGACAAUUUAACUGUUCACCUCACCCUUACUGGCUUCCAAAUUUCAUGGAUGUUUUCACCUGGUCCCUUCCAUUUGUUGGUGAAAAAGUUACUGAAAUGCUGGUGAAUGUAUUGAGCAUCUGCUCAGAUGAUGAGCUCAUGUCUGAUGGGGAUGAAACUCUUGAAGAAGGUAAGGUAUCUAAUAAUUUUCCAAAUUACCAAAACUUUUCAUUUACCUUAAAAUGAAACUUUCAUAAUUUUUCAAAUUCUAGAACUUUCUUAUCCUUUUAUUUUAUGGUUAUCAGUAUCCAUGGUGUGGAGAGAUCUUUCGUGAAUUCCAUUUGUGUUGUAGUCUUGUUGGGUUAUGUGACUUUGUCUUAAACUGCAAAUUUUUCAGCACUCAGUAGUUGACUCAUUUAAAUUGUUUCGAGUUUCAAGGUUUUGCCUUAAGUGUGUUUAUUUCAAUUUUACUAUGUGUGUUA